CAAUCAAAUACAUCCAAUUACCCGAUAACAUAAAAGGUCGCGGCAAACGGAUAAACUUCUCUCUCGACAUGGCGGCAGCGGUGGCGGCAGCAAUUCAAUCUCCCCGGAAACAGUCGUCGGCGAUAUCGGUAGGGCAUCAGCGAACGACUGGUGUGAAGAAUGCAAUACUACAUAUCAGGAGAAAGUCCUUCGCCUACGAGCAUCGGGUCACGACGGCGUCGUCGCCUUAUUCUGGUGGUAGGUGCUGUAUUGUUGCUGCUUCCAAUUCCCCAAAUGAAGAAGCAAAUUCAAAUGCCGAUGAUCCUGAUCUCUCGUUCACGUCUCAGGAAGAUGUAAACUUCUUGUUGAAGCUCGGAGGUGGAUCCUUGGCAGGUGCAGCUGCCAUCAAGUACGGCAGCAUCCUGGUGCCACAGAUCACUCAGCCAAACAUCACUCAAGCUCUCAUUAUGAUAUCUACUCCUGUUAUAGUAGCUGUUUUGAUUUUAAUAAUAGCAAGUCGUGUUGAACAACAAUGAAACCUUAUCUUAUUCCAACCAAC